AAAGUCUGCCUUAGGAUCAAGAUAACGAAUUCGAAAAAUUUCGUGUUGUGAUCCUCUCUUUUUCUCUUUCAAGUGCAAAAGCUUAAUAUAAUGGCAGACAAUGCAGUAGUUGCAACAGCUGGUGGAGCUGAAUCUGGAGCUAAGCCUCCUAAGACUGCCAAACAGUUGGAGAAGGAAAAACAAAAACUCGCCAAGCUUGAAAAGUUCAAGCAGAAACAGGAGAACAAAAAUGAAGCGAAUGCUGGUGCUGAGGUCAAGGAUAAAGCUACGAAAAAGCCGGAAAAAAAGGAGGUCAAAGAAGCUAUUGUUUACACUGCAAAUACUGUACCAGGAGAUAAAAAAGAUGUAACCUGCCCUAUGCCAGAAGCUUACAGUCCACAGUAUGUUGAAGCUGCCUGGUACUCGUGGUGGGAAAAAAGUGGAUUUUUCAAACCGGAGUAUAAUAGGAACAUAUCGGACCCGAAUCCUAAGGGUAAGUUUGUGAUGGUAAUCCCACCUCCCAAUGUGACUGGAUACCUCCAUCUUGGGCAUGCUUUGACAAACGCAGUUGAAGAUGCAAUCACGAGAUGGAACAGAAUGAAAGGCCGCACAACUCUGUGGAAUCCAGGUUGUGAUCACGCCGGCAUUGCCACGCAAGUGGUGGUAGAGAAAAAAUUGUGGCGAGAGGAAAAGAAGACCCGACAUGAUUUGGGUCGCGAAAAGUUUGUCGAAAAAAUUUGGGAAUGGAAAAACGAAAAAGGAGACAGAAUUUACCAGCAGCUGAAGACACUAGGAGGCUCGUUUGAUUGGGACAGGGCUUGCUUCACGAUGGAUCCUAAGCUAUGUCGAGCUGUUACAGAAGCAUUUGUGAGAUUGCACGACGAAGGUGUGAUAUACAGAAGUAAUCGUCUUGUCAAUUGGUCAUGCACAUUAAAAAGUGCAAUCUCUGAUAUUGAGGUAGACAAAAUAGAACUGACUGGUAGAACAUUCCUCUCAAUACCCGGGUACCAAGAAAAAAUCGAAUUUGGUGUAUUGGUACUCUUUGCCUAUGAAAUGGAAGACUCAACAGACCGAAUAAUCGUUGCUACGACGCGUAUCGAAACAAUGUUGGGAGAUACAGCAAUUGCUGUCCAUCCAAACGACAAACGGUACGCUCAUCUGAUUGGCAAGCACGCCAAACAUCCGUUCUGUAACAGAAAACUGCCCGUUGUUGCCGAUACCUACGUUGAAAUGGAGUUUGGCACCGGUGCUGUUAAAAUAACCCCAGCCCAUGAUCCAAACGAUUACGAGAUUGGGAAAAAGCAUAAUUUACCGUUCAUUACUAUUUUCGAUGAUGAUGGUAAUAUUUGUGGAGACUAUGGAAUAUUCACGGGAAUGAAACGUUUCCAUGCUAGAAAAGCAAUUUUGAAAGAAUUGACAGAUAGAAAUUUGUUUGUUGAAAUCAAAGACAAUCCUAUGGUCGUACCUGUGUGUAGUAGAUCUAAGGAUAUUGUAGAGCCGCUUAUAAAGCCUCAGUGGUAUAUUAAGUGCGACGACAUGGCAGCAAACGCAACGGAAGCUGUGAAAAGCGGAGAACUGAAAAUUAUUCCUGAACAAUUCAAAAAAACUUGGUACUACUGGAUGGAGGGUAUCAGGGACUGGUGCAUUUCUAGGCAGUUAUGGUGGGGUCAUCGUAUUCCUGCAUACUUCGUUUCUAUUCAAGGUGGAAAUUUGGAUGCAUCGGAUGAUGAUAGAUGGGUGAGUGGACGUUCGGAGGACGAAGCAAAAGAAAAGGCAGCCAAAAAGUUCGGCGUUAGCAAGGACAAGAUUGCACUCAAACAAGACGCUGACGUUUUGGAUACGUGGUUUUCAUCCGGGCUCUUUCCGUUCUCUAUCUUUGGCUGGCCGGAUGAAACUGAGGAGCUAAAAGCUUUUUACCCCGGCACUCUACUGGAAACCGGACAUGACAUUUUGUUUUUCUGGGUGGCAAGGAUGGUAUUCUUAGGACAAAAGUUACUGGGAAGAUUACCUUUCAAAGAGGUAUAUUUGCACGCAAUGGUAAGAGAUGCGCACGGACGAAAAAUGAGCAAGUCUUUAGGCAACGUCAUCGAUCCGAUGGACGUGAUUCGCGGAACUACCUUAGAGAACCUACACAAGCAGCUGAAGGAUUCGAAUUUGGAUCCCAAAGAGCUCAAGAUCGCGAUAGACGGACAGAAGCGCGAUUACCCGCAGGGAAUACCAGAGUGCGGAACCGAUGCUCUGCGCUUCGCUUUGUGCGCCUACACGUCUCAAGGACGCGACAUCAAUCUUGAUAUCCUGAGGGUGCAAGGCUACAGAUUUUUCUGUAACAAGUUGUGGAAUGCAGCCAAGUUUGCUCUCACUUAUUUUGGCAACGAGUUCAAAUACGACGAGGCUGAUAAUGUCGAGAGCAACAACGGCAGCAAUAACGGAAUCCUAGGUGACGGCAGAUGGUACGAGAGUACGAUAAGCGAGCCCUGCGUCCAGAAAUCGUUGGAUCGUUAUCUCCGCAGCUACGCUUACCUGGACGGCUUCACGCCUUCCCAGCUCGACGUCAAAGCACACGAGGCUGCAAAACGUUGUUUUGACUCGAAAGUUUUGAACUGUCUGCCGCAUCUGGCGCGCUGGUAUGCGCAUUUUGAGAGCUACGGCUCUAACGAGAGGAAGGCUUUGAGGCCAGAAAAUAACAGGAUACAGUCUUAUUGCGCUGAGAUUGCUGAUGAUUGUGGUAGUGGUGUUGAAGGGUUUAAGCUAACUGGAAAUGAAUCUAGCAUUGAUCUGUGGAUGUUGUCCAGAGUGAGCUAUGCAACCCAGAUAUGUGACGAUGGAUUCACCCAGUUUGACUUUAACUCGGUCACCACUGCCUGCUACAAUUUGUGGCUCUAUGAUCUCUGCGACGUGUACCUGGAGUGCCUGAAACCUGUUUUCCAAACUGGAACUGACCUGCAAAAGCAGACAGCUCAACGCGUUCUUUUUAAAACUCUGGACGCGGGCCUCAGACUGCUCUGCCCAUUCAUGCCUUUUAUCACGGAAGAGCUUUAUCAGCGCUUACCUCGCAAGACUCUGAUUUAUCCCAGUAUAUGCGUUUGUCCGUAUCCCACUACUGCUGAGUGUUCCUGGAGAAACGAGCAGCUGGAAAAAGACAUCGAUUUUGCUCAAAAGGUCGUAAGGAGUAUUAGAUCGUCGCGAAGUGCCUACAAUAUACCAAAUAAAUCGAAAACUGAAGUUUACUUUGCCUGUCGUGACAGCGAGAUCAAGAAGAUGAUUUCCAAGUACUUUGACGUGAUCGGUACGCUGGCGUACUCGAUCGUUAGCGUGGAAGAACCACCGUCUGGAUGCACUAUUAUCACGGUUUCCGAUAAGUUGCAGGUUCACUUGCUACUGAAGGGGCUGAUUGAUCCGGUAAAGGAGCUGGAAAAAAUGAAGAAAAAAGAAAAACAGUUGAAGGACACGAUACAGAAGCUGCAGAAAUCCAUGGAAUCGCCGGAUUAUGAGAUUAAAGUUCCUGUCGAAGUGCAGCAGACAGACAAAGAAAAAUUACUUAAUAGCAAGGGUGAAAUGGAGAGACUGGUGGAAGCAAUGGAGGCUUUACAAGCUAUGUAA